AUGAGUUCUCAGGGUCUGAGCAGCUACCCUCCCGAUGAUAGUAUUGGGUACAAAGUCAUAGUAACUCUUUCCAUUACCUUUGGUUUGGCGAUUAUCACUUUAUCCAUGAGGAUGUAUAGUCGGAUCCGAAUUGUUAAACAUGUUGGCUGGGAUGAUUGGGCUAUUAUCCUUGCUACGUUGGCCGGCCUCGUCAAUUUGAUAUUCAAUUCCUUGAACAUUCACUAUGGUGGCGGCCGGCAUCAGAAGUACCUGGAUAAGGAACAGAUCAUCCAAACCGUCAAAUACUCUAACCUUGCCAUGCUCCCUUUCAUCUUCUGCACAUGUCUCACCAAAUUCUCGGUCGCCUUUAUGGUGCUGCGAAUCACGACCGAAAAGUGGGUGAAAUACUGGAUGCUUGCGUUGGUGUUAUCACUGUUCCUGAUCAACGGAGCCGGUGUUGUGAUCAUUUUGGGAUUUUGCAAGCCUGCCAGUGCAUAUUGGGACAUCACGAUUCACAACGCAAAGUGUUGGGAUACGGAGGUGCUAACCGUAGCAUCAAACAUUCAAGGGGCUUGCUCAGUCGGCCGAGUGGUAGUCUACAGCAAUGAAGAAUUUGGCGGAGAUAGCAGCUGGAACAACAUUAACACAAUCGUGUGGACGCUCCUAGAAGAGAACAUCGGCCUUACUGCCACCAAUCUACCUGCGUUAGGAAGCUACCGCAAGAUAUUUCAAGAAAAGCUCAAAACGUCAUCUAGCAUUCGUUACCUCAUUCGAAUCACCACCAGCGGCUUCAAGAGUGUCAACAAGGGCUACUAUCCUUCGAAGAGAUCAGGAAAGAACCAAAGCUCUGACUCACAGGUAGAGAUGGCGAACGUGGAUGAUGGCCGCAAGAAAUCCGGCCCUCAGAUGAGUCCCAGGGAUGGAGAUAGGAGUCUAAACAAAGACUUUAUAAACUUUAAUACAGUGAAUAUAGACGGGAGUGUCCGCGAAGCUUACUAG